AUGGCAGCGGAGACUAUUCAUACAAUACAUAAUUCCAAAGCUAAAGGUAUGAUCAUUAAGCUAGAUGUGAGAAAAGCAUAUGGUCGGGUAUCUUGGAAUUUUAUUUUUGAGGUUAUUAAAAAAUUUGGUGUUAAGCAAAGGUGGUUGGAUUGUAUAAAACAUUCUGUUUCAUCCGUGAAUUACUCUGUGAUUGUCAACGAGACUGUUAGCGGCUUUUUUCAGGCUACUAAUGGGUUAAGACAAGGAGAUCCCCUAUCACCAUUUUUGUUUGUAUUGAUGGUAGAAGUGCUUGGAAGGAGUUUGUAG